AUGGAUUUCGAAAGUGACACGGAUGGAGUUGGACUACCACCCGCCAUGCGACUUGAAAAUGGUGAAGAACCUGCCAUGACUCCUCAACAAGAACAUUCCAGGCGCAGCAGUAUUCGAAUGAUAAUGGCAGAUGAAUCUCUAUCCGCUCUUGAGAAACGAAAAUCAAUACAAUCGUUAAUGGAUGGCCGACGAAGGUCAUCCGCGGGGACGGCUUCGUCGUUGGGCGACGCGGCCCGUGAAGCAGCUUCCUACUAUACCGAAUCCACAGAAGAAGGAAGUGUCCUAGACGGAUCAUCGGGACAGUUUGAACGAAUGGAAAUUAGUGCACCAGCCCCAGCUCCGGAAUACGGUUACGGGGCAGCAGGCGGUGGAGUUGCCGCUGGUGGUGGUAGUGGUGGCUCAGAAAAUGGCGGUGAUGACAAUGGCCAAAUGAUGGUUGGAGGAGUAAGUCGCCGACAACGGCGGUCUGCUUCCUUGCCCGGAUGGUCCGACUCCAGCAUGCCCUCUGGAGCUUCGGCUGUGGCAGCCGCCAGUAGCAACAAGAUUUGGGAUGAUCCCAUAAACAUUAGUCGGCGGAUGGAAAAAUCAAGACCGGCAUGUUCACAUUACGAACGCAACUGUACCAUUGUUAGUCCUUGCUGCGGAGUGGCCUUUGGAUGCCGGAUUUGUCACGACGAAUGUCCCGUCUUGCCCAUGCCUUUUAGUAAGCGAAGGCCGGAAGAUAUUCCCAUGGAGAAUCGAGUCAAUUGGACCGAUACAGUAGAAAGUAGCAAACAACGGCAGCUCAAACGACGAUCGUUGCCGUUAGGCUUUGAGGAGGAAGAAACACAUCAUGAAAUUGAUCGUUUUGAGAUUGGUGAAAUCAUCUGUAGGCUCUGCUAUACCCGGCAGUCCAGCAAAACCAAUUUUUGCACCUGCUGUCACGCUCAGUUUGGUGCCUACCACUGUAAGAUUUGCAAUUUGUGGAUGUCUGAUGACGAAUCCCCGUAUCACUGCGAGAAAUGUGGAUUUUGUCGGGUGGGUGGUAGGGAAAACUUUCGGCACUGCGACGAUUGUGGCAUGUGCAUUGAUCGAUUACUCUUUGACGAUCACAAUUGCAAGGCUGGAAAGUACAUGUCCAAUUGUCCCGUCUGUCAAGAAGAUCUAUUCAGUUCUCGAGAUGCCUCGCAUGAAAUGCCCUGUGGGCAUGCCAUUCAUUGGCACUGUUUCAAGGAAUUGACCUCGUACGAUACGAGAUGUCCCGUUUGCAAAAAGACGGCCGAGACACCGGAACACAUGGCACCUACCUGGGAAGCAAUGGCCAUGGGAAUUGCCCUGCAACCAGUGCCACCAGAAUUGGCUCGUUGUGUCACAAUCAUUUGCAAUGACUGUGAGACGGUCGACCAUGAUCGGCGGUGGCACUUUUUGGGGGUACGGUGUAUGCGGUGCAUGAGUUUUAACACUUCUGUCGAACGAACCUCCUUGAUGGGGCGAGAAGCGGCUGCCUAUAUGGAUGAACUGGAUCGGCAAAAAGGUUCAACAGAUGAACCGAUGCAAGGCAGUUGA